AGCCCGAGAAGCAGCCAGCAGAAGAAGAAGAAAGCAGGAAGUGCUCGCUGUUCCUGCGCAUGUGAUACCGCUCAUUUAUUUGUUCAUGCCAGAGCAGCAUCACUGUCACUAGUGUAUACCGGUGUUUAAACAAGUUAUCACUGAAGGCUGAGACCCGGGUUUUGUGUUGGUGACAGCAUUUGGGUGUCGCUGUGGUCUCCAGUAUCCCGAGUCAUCCCGGAGUGGAAAUUCCUAACGUCUCCUCUGCGGCACGUUUCUGUCUGAUUCAACAAUGAUCAAGGAAAACCGAUGGAAUAUUCCCCCCAAUGCGCCUGCGUGUAUGGAGAAGCAACUUUGUGCAGCUCAGUAUCGAUCAGAUGGCACCUUACUGCUCGGGGCCUCCAGCCUGAUGGGCAGAAACUGGCAGGGCUCAGUGUGGAUCUAUAGCAACCCUGAGCAGGCCCCGAGUGAGGGCUUCUGCAAAGCUGGUGUGCAGACUGAGGCGGGCGUGUCCGAUGUGAAGUGGGUUUCAGAAAAGGGAGUCCUGGUGGCAUCAGACUCUGGUGCUCUGGAACUCUGGGAGCUUUCUGAAGAUGAGAACCUCCUGGUGAACCGCUUCACCAAACAUGAGCACGACAACAUCGUCACUUCAGUCAGCCCCACGGCCGGAGGCACCGGUGCUGUGACUGGGAGCAUGGACUGCCGAAUUAAAAUCUGGGAUCUGGGUCAAGAGUCGGUCAUCACAACAUACAACGCGCACACGCAGGCAGUCAGCUGUGUGGCCUGCAGUCCGACAGACCAGUCUCUCUUCGUCUCCUGUGGUCAGGACGGCCGUGUGCUGAUGUGGGACAGGAGGAAACCGAGCAAACCAGCAUCAAAAAUAGAUUUAGAGUCUCCGAUCUGCUUCAGCACCACUGCAGCCUGGCACCCACACCACAGAAGUACCAUCGCUUUCGGCGAUGAGCUUGGCAGAGUGACGCUCAAAGAUCUGCAGGGAGCAGAGGCAGCACGCGUGGAGAACAUCCACAGUCGCAGGGUCAACGCUCUCGCCUUCUCCACACACAGUUCCCCCCUGCUGGCCUCCAUCAGCGACGACUGCUCCCUCUCUGUCAUGAACUGCCAGCUCAGAGAAAUACACAGAGAUCGGAGACACAAGGACUUUGUCAGGGGUGUGGCUUGGCUCCAUGGAGGGUCCAACACUCUGACCACAGUGGGGUGGGAUCACCUGGUGCUUCACCACACGGUCGAUCCAGCUGCCGUAGCCACGGCUUCAGCGUAGAGCCGACAGCCGGAUCAAAGUCCAUCACGGUCAUCCAGUACACGACUUCAGUCGACAGCACUGUGGAAAACAUUCUCUCUCCCACGCUAUGUAGCGCUUUCUUUGAUAAAUUGCAUCACUUUACAAUAAAGGUCAUCUUAAGCUUGAGGUUUUUCUGUUUGUGUAGUUUUCCUCAUACCGAAUAUUUUUUAUUUUUAUAUAACAAAUGUCAUCUCAGAUCAUGUGAAUAUCCUGAAAUGUGUUAUGUCUGGAUUAAGAGAAGUCUGAAUUGUGAAGAAACUUUUAUUUGGCAACAAAAAAACUACAGAACAUGAUAAAUAAAUUCCCUGAAAUCUC